AGAAGUCAUCAGAGAAUUCAUACAGGAGAGAAACCUUACCAAUGUAGUGAAUGUGACAAAUGCUUUACCCACAAAGGCAGCCUAAUUAUUCAUCAGAGAAUUCACACUGGAGAGAAACCUUACCAAUGUAGUGAAUGUGACAAAUGCUUUACCCACAAAGGCAGCCUUAGUAUUCAUCAGAGAAUUCACACAGGAGAGAAACCUUACAAAUGUAGUGAAUGUGACAAAGGCUUUACCCUAAAAUGCAGUCUUGUCAUUCAUCAGAUAAUUCAUACAGGAGAGAAAGCUUACAAAUGUAGUGAAUGUGACAAAUGCUUUACCCUCAAAAGUGAUCUUAGUAUUCAUCAGAGAAUUCAUACAGGAGAAAAACUUUACAGAUGUAGUGAAUGUGAUAAGUGCUUUACGAAGAAAUAUCGUCUUAGAAGUCAUCAGACAAUUCAUACAGGAGAGAAACCUUACAAGUGUAGCGACUGUGACAAAUCUUUUACCCUGAAUGGCCAUCUUAGAAUUCAUCAGCGAAUUCAUACAGGAGAGAAACCUUACAAAUGUAGUGAAUGUGACAAAUGCUUUACUCAAAAAUGUGGUCUUAUUAUUCAUCAGCGAAUUCAUGCAGGAGAAAAACCCUACAAAUGUAGUGAGUGUGACAAAUACUACACUCGCAAAAGCCAUCUUAAUGUUCAUCAGCGCAUUCACAUAGGAGAGAAACCUUAUAAAUGCAGUGACUGUGACAAAUGCUUUACCAAUAAAUAUUGUCUUGGAACUCAUCAGAGAAUACAUUCAGUUAAUAAACCUUACAAAUGUAGUGAAUGUGACAAAUCUUUUGCCCUGAAAACCAGGCUCAGGUGUCAUCAGAUAAUUCAUACAGGAGAGAAACCAUACAAGUGUACUAAAUGCGACAAAUACUUUACCCAAAAAGGAAGUCUUAUUAUUCAUCAGAGAAUUCAUACAGGAGAGAAACCUUACCAAUGUAGUGAGUGUGACAAAUACUUUACCCGAAGAAGCAGUCUUAAUGUUCAUCAGAGAGUUCAUACAGGAGAGAAGCCUUACAAAUGUAGUGAAUGUGACAAAUGCUUUUCCCACAAACGUGAUCUUAGAAAACAUCAAAGAAUUCAUGCAAGAGAAAAACUGAUAAAAAUUGAGUGUGACACAUGCUUCACCCAAAAAUUCAGGCUUCUUAUUCAUUCAAGCAUUCAUACAGGAGAGAAUCCUUACAAAUCUAGUGAAUCUGACAAAUGCUUCAUCUGCAAAAGCAGUCUUAGAAUCCACCAGAGAAUUCAUCCAGAAGAAAAACCUAAAAAAUAUAGUGAAUGUGACAAAUUUCUUAGCCAGAAACAAUCUUAGCACUCAUCAGAGAAUGUGCACAGUAGAGAACUUAACAAAUGUAAUGAAUGAGAAAAAUCCAUUCCUAAGGAAGAUCAUCUUAGAGUUCAUCAGAGAC